AUGAGCGUUCAACGCUCUCCUCCUCGAAAACCAUCUGAAAGUGUUUCCGGUAGUUCUUCUAACCCAGAUUUGUCAAAAUGGGGGUUAAGUACUGGCGACCAGAAAAUCACCCUUAGGAAAAGGAAACAGCCGCUUGAACCAGAAUGUACCUGCUCAACCGAAAUGAAAGAAAUUCGGUCAGAAAUGAACCGAUUUGGUGACAUACUUGAAAAGUACGUUGAAUCAAAUAGUCAAAUUAUGACUAAAUUGCAGGAAAAUAUAACGGAAAUAAAAACACAAAUAACGGAAUUAAAAUCUAAUAACAAACAUGCGAUUAGUCUAAUUAAUAAUCAAUCUAUUCAAAUAAAUGAAAUAAAAUCAGUAACAUCUAUAAUGGACACGGAACAAAAAGAACUAAAAUCGAAUAUAAUUGAAUUGGAAAAACAAUGUAAGCUCAGUGAAACAAAACUUAAUAAACUAGAAAAUAAAAUAAAAACUGUGGGAACAGAAAACGAAAAAAAUCCAAACACUUUACAACUUAUCCAGAAUGAACAUAUAAUUCAAGAGAUGCAAGAAAGAAGCAGAAGAGAAAGAAACUUUAUUAUUAAAGGCAUUCCAGAAUUUGACAACAUAUCAGAGGAAGAGAGAAUCAUUAAGUUGAAGUCAAAGAUUUUAGAUAUAACUAGCCAGAUGUGCAGAGACCUUCCUGAGCCAGUCUCAGUAUACCGUCUGGGUAAAUAUUCGCCUGGGAAAAAUAGAAGUAUAAAAGUAUGUUAUGAAACAUCUACUCCUGUAAAGGUACAUGUUAUUCUAUUAACAGAAACAUGGAUACGCUCUGAGAAUCAAGCCCAACAACUACAAAUUACCAAUUAUACACAUUAUUAUAACUACAGAACAGACAUCCGUGGAGGGGGUGUUUCAGCUUAUAUACAUAAUGAUCUAAAACAUAACUUAUCAGAAUCUAAAUAUAUAGGCGGAAAUAACUACUUAUGGAUACAAUUAGAAAGAUAUGCACUUGAAAUUGGCGUUAUAUAUAAACCUGGUGAUACUAAUUUUAAAGAAUUUCUAAAUACAUACGAGGAACAACUGCAACAAAGAAAAAGAAGUAUAAUAUUUGGUGACUUUAACAUAGAUAUACUUACAAAGGAUAAAACGAAUAAAGAAUAUAAACAAUUACUAAAGGAAUCAGGAUAUUGCCUUAUAAAUAAAAUAACUAAGAAUUACCAUACACGUGAAUGUUCUACUAAAAAAUCUAUUCUAGACCACGUCGUGACAAACUUAAAGGACGAUCAUUUCCACAUGGUAUUAUUUGACUCAUCAAUGUCAGAUCAUAGGCAGGUAUUCCUCGAACUUAAGAAGACAAACCCUCCACCACUAAAAAAACUACCAUAUGAAGCACUUGAUUAUGACAAAUUGCGUGAUAUGCUGAUAACCUAUGAUGAGAGGUUAAUUGAAGACUAUAUAGAGAUAGAAGCAAUAUUAAUAUCUACAAUUAAAGAAUGUAAAAUUAGUAAAAUGAAAGUUCUUAAUCCCCCCACUAAGGAGUGGAUAAAUAAAAAUAUCAUCCAUGAAAUCUAUCAGAGAAAUAAAAUUUGGCAAGAAUGUAAACAGAAACCUACUGAUAUUAAUAAAGUUGAAGAAUAUAAAGAAAAGAGAAGAUUUGUUAGACAUCUUAUUAAAGAUACUAAAAUUUUAUAUUACCACAAACAAUUUUCAGAAUGUAUUAAUAAACCAAAACAAAUGUGGAGAUUGCUAAACGAUCUAGCAGGUCCCCAGCUAGCACAAAAAAUACCAAAAACUUUUCAUGACAACCCUAACUGUGCCCUACCCAUGGACAUCAAGUCUAAUAUCAAUCCCUUGUGUGUUUUUGACCCUUGCAGCGCCGAUGAAGUUCUUAAAAUUAUAGCUAAAUUAGAUUCCAAAUGUAGCACUGGUGGUUUAUGCACUCAAUUUAAAGCAGGUCCCAGGUUCGAUUUACGAGCUGAGCAAAAUGUUAGUAUGGUAUUUAAUAUUUUUAUAAGACCACCACCACCAUGGCGAUUGAUAUAA